GUGCUUCCAUUGGAAAGGUAGCCAGUGCAGUCUUAAUGACAAUCAGUCACAAUGACAAGAUUUAUUCUACUCACAGGUCUUUGCCUGUUAUUGAUUCAUCUUGGUUCAGCCUAUCAGCUUAUAUGUUACUUCACCAACUGGGCCCAGUACAGACCUGAUCCUGUGAAGUAUGUGCCUACCAAUAUUGAUCCCUUCCUGUGCACACAUCUGAUCUAUGCGUUCUCCAUCAUUAACUCUGCAAAUCAGCUGGCCACCUACGAGUGGAACGAUGAGACUCUCUACCAGUCAUUCAAUAGUCUGAAGCAAAGUAAUCCAAGCUUGAAGACACUUUUGGCUGUUGGAGGAUGGAUUUUUGGUACAAAACAAUUCUCUAUCAUGGUGUCCACACAAGCAAACAGAAAUACAUUCAUCCAGUCCUCCAUCAGCUUUCUCAGAAAUUAUGGAUUUGAUGGACUGGAUCUAGACUGGGAGUAUCCUGGAGCCCACGGCAGUCCUCCAGAGGACAAGCAAAGAUUCACUCUGCUCUGUCAGGAGCUUAGACAGGCCUAUGAGGCUGAAAGCAGUGCGACAGGACGUCCCCGGCUUAUGGUCACAGCUGCAGUAGCAGCUGGGAAAUCAACUAUAAAUGGAGCAUAUGAAAUUCCUCAGAUUGCUCAGUACCUGGACUUCAUUAGCGUGAUGACCUAUGACUUUCAUGGGUCUUGGGAAAGUUUCACUGGCCACAACAGUCCUCUGUAUCAAUGGUCUCAGGAAACAGGGGAUCAAAUCUACCUUAAUACUAAUUAUUCGAUGACAUACUGGAAGAAUCAGGGUGCUCCAGUGGAGAAGCUGAGGAUGGGUUUUGCUACGUAUGGCAAAACGUUCCAUCUGUCAUCUACAGCGAGUGGCCUGGGAGCUCCAACAAGUGGCCCUGCUUCUGCUGGCACCUACACCAGAGAGGCAGGCGUCUGGUCUUAUUAUGAGAUCUGCAGCUUCCUUCAAGGAACCAGCAUACAUUGGAUCCAGGAUCAAAAAGUACCAUAUGCCACGAAGGGGGAUCAGUGGGUUGGCUUUGACACCAAGGACAGCUUUGACACAAAGGUGACCUAUCUCAAAGAUAAUAUGUAUGGAGGGGCCUUUGUGUGGGCUCUUGAUCUGGAUGAUUUUCGUGGACAGUUCUGUGGACUGGGAAGCUACCCUCUCAUCAGCCAGCUCAAGAAACGCCUCAGCAGUUCUCCUACUGAUCUUCCUGCUGCAGCUGGGUCAGUCCAUCUCAAGUGGUCCAAUAAUAGUACAGUUGGCUGCUUGAUCAUUUUUAUUUUUUCAAUUUUUUUUUAAUGAAUAUUUUUAUGUAAUGCCAUUGCAAA